GCAAACUGAAAGCCUGAAAAGUGAAACGCAAUCGCAUAAUAUAGAAAAAACGAAAUUUUCUUACGCUUCGAAGCCUUUAGGCUUUAGGUUUUACAGUUUUGCCUUUUUUACAGUUACAGUUUUACAUACUUUAUCCAAGUUAUCAUAAUGCGUCAGGUUCUGUUCUUGUAAUCGUUUUGUGUUGAUUUCUGUCAAGUUCUAUGUUGGCCUGUGCAUUUUCAAAGGAAUCUAGCAUUAAAUUUGUCGUUUGCGCAUGGUUGAGAAAUUGUUGCGUCGAAGCUUUGCAGUUUUCAUAAAAUAAUAGAAGUAGUAUUCCGAGCGAUAUGGAUAUUAAGAAGACCGUCACGAUUUUAACUCAGCGAUUCGAGCAACGAGCCUUGGAUUUCCAAACUCCAGCGCUCAGCCGACCAGUUAACCGACCGAUCAUCCCCGCCAUUCCCUCCGCGCGGUCCACCGAUUGCGGGGCAUCCGCCACAUCCACCGGCUCCUUCAAAGAGAACGACGCUAGAAAGAGAACCGUGCGCAAAUGGUCGUACAGAGAUUUCGACAUCGGCCGUCCCCUGGGCAAGGGGAAAUUCGGCCGGGUCUACCUGGCCAAGGAGAAGAAAUCGGAUUAUAUUGUGGCGCUGAAGGUGCUGUUCAAGAAAGAGCUGCUGGACAAUAAACAGGAGCAGACGCUGCGCCGCGAGAUCGAGAUCCAGGCACGGCUGCGGCAUCCCAAUAUUCUGCAGAUGUACGGCGUGUUCUGGGAUCAGCAGCGGGUGUAUUUGAUCCUGGAGUAUGCGGCGUGUGGGGAGCUGUUUAAAAAACUGCGAACGGCUAUAAGAUUUCAGGAGCCGGAGGCAGUUACGUAUAUCGCUGAGUUGACGGAUGCGCUGAUUUAUUGUCAUUCGAAGAACAUUGUUCAUCGCGACAUCCAACCUGAGAAUUUGCUUUUGGGUAGUAAGCAUUUCAUGGUUGUUAGAAAAUUUUGCAUUUGGUCGUUCUCGGUUAGGUUUUUUUAUCACACUGUUUUAGGCUACGGAGAGUUGAUUUCGGUUGGUCAGUCAAUGCAGCUGGUAAUAAAAACCGUCGCACAGUUUGCGGUACACCGGAUUACUUGCCACCGGAAAUGAUAACAACGCGCCAACACAAAACCGCCGAUAUUUGGUGUGUCGGUGUUUU